AUGGUGAGAAUAAUGAGUAAAUUGUACCCAUGUGCAAGCCCUGAAAUGGCAACAUUCCUGUAUAACACCUUCAACUCCAUUGAAAUUAAAGUACAAAAUACUACUACUUCAUCAAGUAGCAUGAACAUCAAUUUAAGUAGAGUACAAACAAAUGUCCUGUCUCAAUUCAAGAUACAAGACAAGGAAGGCAUCGCACCAGACCAACAGAGGCUCAUGUUCGUUGGUGAACAGCUUCAGGAUGGUCGUAGUUUGGGCGACUAUAAAAUUCAUAAGGAGUCCACACUCCACUUGGUGUUGAGGCUAGGUGGUGGCAGACAGAUUAUUGUCAAAACCCUUAUUGAGAAGACAAUAACCCGUGAAGGUGAUAGCUCCGACACCAUUGAUAAUGUUAAAGCUACAAUUCAGGACAAGGAAGGAAUCCUACCAGACCAAGAAUCAACUCUGCACUUCGUGCUGAGGUUGAGGGGAGGCAUGCAAAUUUUUGUGAAGAUUCUGACAGGAAAAAUCGUCAGUUCGUCUUGA